AUGAAUGUAGCUUUACAAAACACAAUAUUUAACUAUAAGGUAAGGUUAACAUGGCCUGGAGCAAAAUUUAUGUACACAGAUGGAGCCAAAAUAGGGAAUUUAGCAGGAUGUGCAGCUUUUGAACCAACAAGCAAUACAGUCAAAUACAUCAAGUUGCCAGAAUUGACUUCUAUCUUUACUGCUGAACUUAUAGGCAUCAAAAACGCAAUAAAAAUUAUUGAAGAUAAUCAUAUAGAAAACUGUGUCAUUCUAACCGACUCUCGGAGUGCAAUAGAGGCGCUAGGAAAAAUAGACAGUAAGACAAAUAACAUUAUUUUGGAAAUACUAGAGACUAUAGAAAAGUUAGAAAACAGGAAAUAUAAAAUAAACAUUGUGUGGAUGAAGGCACAUGCAGGUAUUAAGAACAACGAAGCUGUAGACAAAUUUGCAAAACAGGCUUGUCAAUUCGUGGAGGAAGGACAUAAAAUCCCAGCUUCGGACCUAAGACAGAAGCUGAAGCAAAUCGCACUACAUCAAUGGCAACUCAAUUAUACAAAGUUUCUAGAGAAAAAAGGACAGUAG